AAGUAGUAUUCCAGUGAUAAAUCAGAAAAUACUCGUUUAUAAACGUACUUUACUAAUAACAGUCUGCGAUAUAUUCAUUCCGUUUGGCUGGCCAUCCAUGUUCGCCCUUUCUACAUGAGUGCACGCUACAGAGUAUAAAAAAUAUGGACAAUUCUGUCUGGAGCUAAUGCAUUCGUGCUUGACGUCAUUCCAGAGGAUUAGAUUGACCCAAAACUUUUAAACUACCGAGAUUAUGAGAAUAUCUGAAUAAUUCUCCAAGUGUUGGAAGCUUAGAUAUUCACCAAUAAACACCACAUUCACACUAGCCACUGAGAGUUUGAGUGGAAUACAUCUUCAAAUUAUUAUGGAACCAAACGUGACGUCAGACCAAAUUCUUCUAGAAGAGGCAAAUCAAAAGAAGGUCAUGGUUCUACUUCCGGUAAUUAUUCCCGUCAUUAUCAUUAUGGUCCUUGGAACUCUUGGGAACUCCUUAGUCUGCUACGUCUACUACUUCCGGAUGCGCAAAACGCCGUCGCACUAUUUCGUUUUGUUCUUGGCAGUUCUGGAUUUGGUUUCAUGUUGCAUAGGAAUGCCUUCCGAGUUAGGGGAUCUGUUUCUCCCAUAUACAUUCACUUUAACGUUUGCAUGCAAGUUUCUUCGUUUUGUGUUAUCAUUUACGAUUAUAUCGGCGUGUAUAACUCUAAUAAGUGUAGCAUUCGACAGGUAUUACAAAGUCUGCAAACCUCUAAAAGGGUUUCCUAUACGGAAAGUCCAGAUUCUGUGUGGAAUAGCGAUCAUUAUCGGAGCAGUUUUAUCGUGGCCGGCCCUUGUUAUCUUUGGGAUAAAAACAGUGGAAACGCCUGAAUCGGGUCUGUACGGUACCGAGUGUUCUACUUCAGACGCAAUGGGAGGGACUGUUUACCCGCUAAUCUACUAUGCCACUCUUAUUACAGCAUUCGUUGUGACAUUCGCAAUAUUUACAACGUUAUACGUUAGGAUAGGCAUGGAAAUAUAUCGCCGCAAAAAAAAUCCAGUUGGCGAGAGGGGACCUCCAGUCUCACGAGAAACUUUGCGGAGACGAGAGUUGACAACGUCAAUUCUUUCGGACGAUGAGUCAACAUCGGCUGAACCAUGUUCUGACGAAGAAACGACACGCAACCUCCGUACCAAUCGCAGUAGUUUUUCCCAUCUCCGGAACUAUAUUGUAAAUCAUUUCCGGUCUGGUGUCAACAGCGACUUGAAAAGUUCUGACAGUCAGUUGGAAAACAGUAUGGACAUUUCUCUCCCAGCACGCAGAAAGAAAUCGAUAUACCGUAGUAUUAGAACAACGUACAUUUUCUUAGCCGUUUUCAUUGCAUUUCUGAUAAGUUUCCUGCCUUAUCUAAUUGUCAAUAUACUAAAAACAACAAAAACGGCCUUCCAUGAAUUUAAUUCCACAACAGAGGAGGUGAUUUAUAAUCUGUGUGUCCGGUCAUUUUUCAUCAGUAAUUUCAUCAACCCUAUCAUCUACAGCCUUUUGAACAAAAAAUUUCAGAAAGAAUGCAAGACAUUAUUCAGACGAUACUGUUGUCGAUGUUGUUUGAAAAGACAGAAGUCCCCAGCUACGAAUAGGCGAUGAAUCGAACAGAUUUCCAAUUAAUAUUUCAAAAUCCCGUUGACGCUUGAUUGCAGAUUCUUGCCGAUGUUUACGACACAAACGCUCAUGUGUGCUUGAUAUUUGGAUCAUUAUCAAAUUAUCAAGCGCGAGUUUGUUUUCGUCUACUUUUUGUUGUUAUUGUCGAUGUUUGUAAUAUGCAAGAAUGACAUUUUUUUGCUUCAUAUAUUUCUAACACUAGACGGAAAUGUUCGUUUUCAAAAUUCGUCUCACUUUCCAUUUGAUAGCCGGUUAGUCUGAAAUCAGGAAAUAACUCUCUGUUUUCCGUGAAAACCAAAUUUUUUACACUCCGUGAGUCAUUGAAUAUUCAAUGUCAUGAUUUUUUCCUUCAGAAAAUUUUUAUUGUUUCCCAAAACUAAACAAGUUGUUUUCUUCUUCUUAGAAAAUUGUUGCACUAAUUUUCCGAUGGGUUUGACGGACACUUGGGAAACGGGAAAUUCUCCGUUUUCCGUUUUCGAGUGAUGUGGCACUUAGACUCAUUACCAUAUGGUGAAGCAAUGACGAAUGAAUGUGGCCAAUAAGUAUAAUUAAAUAUAGAAUCAACAUAAUUAAAGGAAUUUGCCUUAUA